UUUCCCUGGCGCCCACACCUACACCUACAGAUGGCACGGGCCCGAGCAUCACCUGUGCGGCCGCUCUAGCUCGGUUCCGGGUUCGCGCGCCUCGGUGGUGGCGUCGGAGGAACUGAAGACCGGUGUGUUGACCCGUUUCCGGGCCCUUCUGGUGCGCUCUGAGCCGGUCCUCAGGAGGCUGCGGGUGCAGGGGCCUAGGCCUGAGUGUCCGAGCCAGCCACCAGUCUCCACCCGCCGCCCGCAGAUCUGUUUGACUUGAGGAGGAGCUGCAGUACUGCCUCACUGCAGAAGGGAUGGGAUCAGAGAGCAGUGCUUUAAAGAGCUAUACACUGAGAGAACCACCAUUCACCUUGCCCUCUGGACUUGCUGUUUACCCCGCCAUACUGCAAGAUGGGAAAUGUGCCUCGGUGUUUAUAUAUAAGAGAGAAAAUGAAGACAAGGUUAACAAAGCCGCCAAGCACUUAAAGACCCUUCGUCACCCUUGCUUGCUAAGAUUUUUAUCUUGUACUGUGGAAGCAGAUGGUAUUCAUCUCGUCACUGAGAGAGUGCAGCCUCUGGAAGUGGCGCUGGAAACCCUGUCUCCUGCAGAAGUCUGUGCUGGAAUCUAUGACGUAUUGCUGGCUCUGAUCUUCCUUCAUGACAGAGGACAGCUGACACACAACAAUGUCUGCUUAUCUUCUGUUUUUGUGAGUGAAGAUGGGCACUGGAAACUUGGAGGCAUGGAAACAGUGUGCAAAGUUCCUCAGGCCACACCAGAGUUUCUCAAAAGUAUCCAGUCAGUAAGAGAUCCAGUGUCUAUUCCUCCUGAGGAGAUGUCUCCAGAAUUUGCAGCUCUUCCAGAGUCCCAUGGACAUGCCCGAGAUGCCUAUUCCUUCGGAACUUUGGUGGACAGCUUGCUCCCCAUCUUGAAGGAGCAGGUUUCAGCGGAUGUUCUCUCCAGCUUUCUACAGACCUUGCACUCUGCUCUGCUGAAUCCUACGCCUACGUGUCGGCCAGCGCUCAACACCUUACUGUCCCAUGACUUUUUCAGAAAUGAUUUUCUAGAAGUUGUGAAUUUCUUGAGAAGCUUGACAUUAAAGAGUGAAGAUGAAAAAACUGAAUUUUUCAAAUUUCUGCUGGACAGAGUGAGCUGCUUGUCAGAAGAGUUAAUAGCUUCAAGACUGGUGCCUCUUCUGCUUAACCAGUUGGUGUUUGCUGAGCCAGUGGCUGUUAAGAGUUUCCUUCCAUAUCUCCUUGGCCCUAAAAAAGAGAAUGCACCAGGAGAGACUCCUUGCUUGCUCUCGCCAGCACUGUUCCAGUCACGGGUGAUCCCUGUGCUUCUCCAGUUGUUCGAGGUCCAUGAGGAGCAUGUACGAAUGGUGUUACUGUCCCACAUCGAAGCCUAUGUGGAGCACUUUAAUCAGGAACAGCUGAAGAAAGUCAUCUUGCCACAGGUAUUACUGGGCCUUCGUGAUACCAGCAAUUCCAUUGUGGCAAUUACUCUUCGUAGCCUGGCGGUGCUGGUAUCUCUACUUGGACCAGAAGUGGUUGUGGGAGGAGAAAGAACCAAGAUCUUUAAACGCACUGCUCCAAGUUUUACCAAAACUAGUGAUCUUUCCCCUGAAGGCUCUCCCAUGCAUGUUGUGUGCAGCCAGCAGAGUCAGAUCUCACAAGUCUUGGACAACCCCUCUUCUAAUGCAUUCCCUAAAUGGCUGUUUUCUGGCAACAUGCCCAUCAACAGCAAGAAAAAUAUACAGGAAGAGUAUUACAAUACUCUUUUACAGACAGGCGACCAGUUUUCUGACUCUAUUAAAUUCCCUAUGAAUGAAAUCUCAGAUGUGAAAAACACCUCAAAAGAUGAUGGAAACUUCCCAGCAGCUUCUAGUAAUAGUAAGCCUGAAGAGUGGCCUGACUGGAGUGAGCCUGAGGAGCCUGAGCACCAAACCACCAAUAUUCAGAUAGGGCCCCAAGCACCCUGUGAUGGAGCCGAAUCUCAGCACACCAAUCUGAGUGCAGAGGAGGAGUCCUGGGAUGACUGUGAGUCUAGCGUUGGUACUGAAGUAAGCACAGUGGCUGGAGCCUCUGCUACCAUGCCUGUUACCUCAGGGGAGCAGAAGCACACUGCAGCCUUGCUUCCUCUCACUCAGGAGUCUAAGCCUUUGAAAUCUAGUCCUUCCUCAAAGACCAAUCAUAUGCAGCGUCGGGAAGUCAAACCACCAGAAGUGUCCCAGGAAAGACCCCUUAAGGUUCGGUCAGAACUUGGUUUAGGAGAAGAGUUUACCAUACAAGUAAAAAAGAAGCCAGUACAAGAUCCUGAAUUAGACUGGUUUGCAGAUAUGAUCCCAGAAAUUAAGCCUUCGGGUACUUUCUUUAUUUUGCCUGAACUAAGGACAGAAGUGAUGGUCCCUGACAAGGAUAACAUCUCAACAGUGAUGCAGUUUUCCUCAAAAUUUGCUGCACCAGAAAUGACUGAGGGAGAGGCAGAAGGCUGGGAAGAAGGAGAAGAGCUGACCUGGGAAGAUAACAACUGGUGAUGAUAAGAGCUUAAACUUCAGGAAUAAUACCUCAAAGCAAGCUGCAUGGAUGUAAAACCCUAAAGCAGCCUGUGUGCCCCAUACCAGAAGCUCUUUUUUGCAGUCUGUGCCAACUCAAGCAUGAGACCCACUUCAAGUUGCUGACUAAGCCCAGGGUGGCAGAAGGCUCUCAGUGCCAGAUUCUAGGAAGAAGAGCCUGUAUGCACUUGACCAAGGCCAGUUCCCAUGCAAAGUAAGUAGCUAAAGAAGUGCUUAUUCCAGGACAAUUCUGGAAGUAAAGAAAAUAAAAAAUUCAAGCUGGUAAGCUUAAAUUUGUGCCAUUUCUUUAGAAGUAAGAGUAAAACUCAUACUAUGAAAUAAUGAUUUACAAAAAAAAAAAAAAAAAAUCUAGCUGUAAAUUAUAGCUUCAAACUGCUAAAGCUCCUUAAGCAGCUUAUUUAUUUGUUUACAGUUUUAUCAUCUGAAAGGUUCCUUCCUCCUUUGGACCUGGGCAGUUACUGUUUCACCUGUAUUACACUGUACCAAAGUUCUCAAUGAGAAAUGCCCCAUCUUGUUCUAUGUCAAAUAAAGAUUAUUUUCACAGUUAUAAA